AAAUUGCCACUCUUCUUUAGGAUAGUCCUAUUGCAAAAUAUCAAUGAGAAUUGGUAUUUUGAGUGUGAGUGAAGCAUCCCCUUCCUACUAACCUUUUUCACUCACUCUCAUGUCUUUUUAAGUCAAGUCCUCUCAACCUCACUCUUAUCCUAAAACGCACAACACAACACAACACAACCCCCAAACUCAACUAUAAGUACCCACCAAAGUUAUUCACCUUUCCAAAACGUACCACUCUCAAGUUUUAAUUUCUUCUCUAUCUAACAACAACACCAAAUUAACACCACUUUAAUUCCAUGACUCGCACGCUUAGAAUCCUCCAAGCCUCAAACGACGCCGUUUCGGCACCGCCGCCGGAUACCGCCGCAAACAAGGAGUCAGACUUCGUUGUCAUCAUGGCAGCACUCCUCUGCGCCCUCAUAUGCGUCGUCGGCCUCACCGCCAUCGCACGCUGCGCCUGGCUCCGCCGUGGACCCGUCGCCGCCGGCGACGGAACCCCGCCGCGGCGGGCAUCCGCCGACAAGGGCCUCAAGAAAAAGGUGCUGGAAGCGUUACCGAAGUUCACCUACGUCGACGGAGGCGGCACCGGAAAGUGGGUGGCCUCGUCGGAGUGCGCCAUUUGUCUGUCGGAGUUUGCCGCCGGCGAAGAGGUCCGGUCGCUGCCCCAGUGCGGCCAUGGCUUCCACGUCCCCUGCAUCGACACGUGGCUCGGGUCCCACUCCUCGUGUCCCUCCUGCCGCGCUCCCUUCCGCGUCGCCCGGUGCCAGAAAUGCGGCCAGUAUCCGGUGGUGUCCGCCGGAGCUGCUGCCACCUCCACCGUUGGCGGCGAAACGGAGGCCAAGUCCGUAGGUGGCGGCAAUGUCCUUGCAGCUGCUGCUAAUGCUAUCACUGAUUGUGAUGGUAGCGACGACAGCCAUAGCCACGGUGAUGAUAGUGGUUUCUUGCCUUGAGUGGUGUUCUUGUCAUUUUAUAUGUAUUUGAAAUAUGUAUAAAAAAUCUUUUUUUUCUUUAUUUUAAAAUUUUAUUUUAUCACCUGAAGUUUAUCUGAAGAGAAUGAAAUUUGGGCAAUUUUCCACUUGUUGAUAA